AUGCCGCGGAGCCCUUCACCACGUCGAGACGAGCGAAGGAGCCGGUCCCCCGCGAGACGGCACGACGAAGGAGAGAGGCAUAGAGAUACAGCGAGGAAAAAACAAUCGUCCGGUUUUCGGUGGAAAGAAAAGCGACGCGACGAUGAUAGGGACAGGGAGAGAGAUUCGGGGAGAUCCAGAGGUUUAGAGCGUGGAUAUCGCGGUAGUGAUAGGCGAAGGUCUCCAUUUAGAGACCGUGAUAGAGAAAGGGACAGAGACUUGGACCGUGGCCGUGACCGCGAACGCAGGGCAGCAAGGGACGAUCCAAGCGACCAGAAGCCUGUCGAGAAAGAGAAGGAUAAGAAGAAAAAGAAGCCAUCUGCUGCCCCGUCUAACGAGCCUAUGAUCAUUGUUAAUGUCAACGAUAGACUAGGCACCAAAGCUGCCAUUCCAUGCCUUGCUUCAGAUCCUAUUCGUCUCUUUAAAGCUCAAGUAGCUGCUCGCAUUGGACGGGAACCACAUGAGAUACUUCUUAAAAGACAAGGAGAGAGGCCGUUCAAAGACCAACUUACUUUGGAAGACUACGGUGUCAGCAAUGGCGUACAGCUAGACUUGUGA